CUGCAGGUAAAGUCUACCUGACUGACACAAGGUGGGAUCGGAUCUAAUGCACACCUGGACUCUGGGUGGUGUGUGUGCGCGCGCGUGUGGUGGUUUGGUUUAGUGAUUUGGGAAAGAAAAGACAGGAUUUUUUUUUUAAAGAAAAUACUUGAGAUUAGGAUUAGGAUGGCGAGUAUCGGGCUGGAGGAAAGGGCGGUGUUCGCGCAGCUGAAGCCCGUGCGCAUGUCGAGCGCAGACGGCGGGGAGGAUUCAUCCGUGUUCGAGGACGUCAAACCCACGAACCCAAUGGAGAUGGAUAAAUAUUUGCCGCAAAACGGGCCUCUACCAUCCCCAACCCUUACAGACAAAAAGUACCGCAGGGAAAGUGCCUCCGUAGUGGACGAGUAUUUUGCAGACGAAAAGCCAGCCCCCUACAGCCUCAACAUCAACGUCAUCCUACCCAACACCACCCACCUUCGCACGGGGUUGUACCGUCCAACCAAACCGGUGUCUCAGAUCAAAACGGAGCCUGGGGUAGAGGUGCCCUGCAACAUCCAGACACUCCCCAACUUCACGUCUGUCUUCAGCGUGCCACAGACAGUCGACAAUCUGUUCAUUAAACCCAACAUGACCACAACUGAAGAGCUCCACAUUGGCCCACAGCAGCCACAGGUCUACCAGAUGGCCAUCAGUAGCAGCAACCUCACCUCUAUGACUUUCUCCAACAGCCAGCAGGUGAAUGGAGCAGGCAGGACCAUGGUCAACCUGAACGCUGUGGCCCUGACUACACCAUCGGGUGACUUUGUGAUUCCUGACCAGUUCUACCCACAAGCACAACCCCACAGCCUACCGCCCUCGCCCCCCAACUCGCAACCAGGAAGCCCUGAGAACCAAGCUGAGCUGAUUAACUCGGUUCCUCCUCCUCCUUAUCAGAACCAAAUGGGAUUAAAGGUGGCACAGAUGACCCCUCACUCUGUGCUCAUGACUCACGGACAAGGCAUCCUCACUGGCCCCAGGUACAACCGAAGGAAUAACCCCGAGCUAGAGAAGAGAAGGAUUCACCACUGCGACUUCAUAGGAUGCACGAAGGUUUACACAAAAAGCUCCCACUUGAAAGCACACCAAAGAACACACACGGGCGAGAAGCCGUAUCGCUGCACCUGGGAAGGAUGCGACUGGCGUUUUGCGCGUUCAGACGAACUCACACGGCACUACAGAAAGCACACGGGAGCCAAACCCUUCAAAUGUAUCGCGUGCAACCGAUGCUUCUCACGCUCGGACCACUUGGCGCUCCACAUGAAAAGGCACCAAAACUGAGCCGUCCCAACUACCCCCGUGUUUGUUUGUUGUUGUUUUUCUACUUUUUAUAAUAUUUGUAUCAUUUACAUAUAUAUAUUUCACCAUCUUCGCAAAGAUCAAAUAUGGUUGGGUUUUUUAAAUAGAAAGCUGCCAAUUUCCAUCUGCCCACCAUUUUAGCUCUAGGACUAGCCCAGUAGAGUACUUUUUGAGCUAAUGAAGUUUCGACAUGACAUUUCGGAGUGGAAUCCACAGGAAUAGGUUUAUUAUUUGUAGAUUAUUGUUUUGUGUAACUGUGUACAUAUUGUAUGUAUCUGAGUGCUCUGUUUAUAAUAUGCUGAGAAAGCUGCAGCUUGCAUCUUUUAUGCUUUGGUCUGAAAGGUAUCAGGACUUUUUAGUAGAAAUGUUUCGGAGAAAAAAGAAAAAAAAACAGGUUUUGCUUUAAAAAGUUGAUAGUUUCUGUGGAAUUUCCAAAAUUCAUACAGCAGGAUAGGUCACUUCAGGAGAUGAAUUGAACCUACACUGGUUAUUAUGGGAUAUAAUCUUUUUUUUAUUAUUAUUGACCUCUCUUGUAUAAGAAUCUCAACUUCUUUGCGAAAGAGUUGAGAGUACAGAGUUGAGUAAUGUUUGUUUUUCGUAGACACUUGUAUCCAUAGAAACGAACCAUUUUAUGAGGAGCUUGAGCAAGAAAUGACGGCUCUGGGAGAUCAAUGGGUUCUUCAUAUUGUAUAAUGGUAAAGGGAUUAUGUGCAGGAUGGAUUUAAGCCAAGAAGUUAACAAGGUUAAAUAUGACUCUUAAUUAUUAACCAGCUCUUUGUUGGUUGUCACAUCAUCGUAGCAAAGCCCUAGUUAUCAUAUCGCAAUAUAUGUGCCAAAUUAUGAAGAAAAAGAUAACACAGUAGGCUACAAAAAAAGUGUUUGUUUUUUUUUUUAUGUAUGUGAAAAAAUUCCUCUGAGCAUUUUUCUCAACUGUUGUUUAGCAACAUCACGUCAAACUCUGGUCAAGAACAAAUCUCAUCUGUCCAUUCAACUAGCGUGCCUCGAUCACCACUGCUUUUAAGCACUUCUUCUUCCUCUUCCUCCUCGAGGUUUCCAUGUGCCUGUGUACAUUUCCUUUUACGUGCGGCACGGAGGAAACUCUGAUGCACCAUGACUUAAUGUACAUAAUGUAGUUAAAACUAAAGUAGCUUGUAAAUAUUUGUUCACUCUUAAACUGAUUUUCUUUUUAUCAUGAACAAACGAGCGAUGUUUUAAACCUGUACGAGUUUGCCCGUCGUGACGGCACACAUGGACGCCGAUCAUUUUGUAUUUGAAUACAGAAAAUCCUGCAAAUAAAAAAAUACUGUAAAAUAUUGCAAUCUGAA